ACACUACGUAACGUUUCAGCGGAUCUGAGUUUUUUUGGAAGGCAGAAAAAACACGUAGCCAUACCCGUACGCGUGUAAACGGAGUGAUAUUGACUUUUUGGAUGACAGCAAAUUGAAUAAUGAACAGAUCUGCUGUUGAAGACUGAUCGGCAGUAGACAGUAAAACUUUUGAUGGAGUUUAUGUAGUUGAUGCAGUCCAAACACAACACAGAGGCACUGAGGGGGAUCGGAAUUUACCGGUGACAAGUCUGGGAGGAGAAAAAAAGAAAAAGGAUCUACACGUUACAUGGAGUUUUAAAAAGCGUACUUCAUUUUAAUCACAUUUGCAACCAUAGUUCUGAAGACGUCAGUCGAUGAAAGUGCUUUAACAAAGGGACAACUACAGCUUUUCCCCUUUCAGCUUGAACUUUGAGGAAACAAAUCCAGCCAUGGCGAAAAAGUAUGAUUUGCUUUACAAAUUGUUACUCAUUGGGGACAGCGGAGUGGGAAAAACAUGUCUGAUCAUCCGUUUUGCUGAGGACAAUUUCAAUUCCACUUACAUUUCCACCAUUGGCAUCGACUUUAAAGUGAAAACCAUUGAAGUGGAAGGAAAGAAAGUGAAACUACAAGUCUGGGACACAGCAGGGCAGGAGAGAUUCAAGACCAUUACCACAGCCUACUACAGAGGAGCCAUGGGCAUCGUCCUGGUGUACGACAUCACAGACGAGAAGUCCUUUGAAAACAUCCAGAACUGGAUGAAGAGCAUUAAAGAAAAUGCAUCAGCUGGGGUCAGUCAAAUGUUACUAGGCAAUAAGUGCGACAUUGAAGCAAAGCGGAAAGUUUCCAGGGAGACGGGAGAAAAGUUGGCAAAAGAUCAUGGCAUCAGGUUCUUCGAAACAAGUGCAAAGUCCAGCAUCAAUGUGGACGAGUCUUUCCUCGCAUUGGCACUUGACAUACUACAGAAAUCAAGCAAGAAACAAGGCCCCACAGGCCGAGAGGUGAAAAUCACAAGCAGUACAGAGAAAAAAGCCUCCAAAUGUGCUCUUCUCUAGAUAUAAGGUUGCCCAGCAGACGUAAGAUUACGCCAUACAAAACUAAGAGCACAUCAGUAUUACUUGGAAGAAAUACAGCAGGUUUUCUGUCUGCAUCUAGUGGGCUCACAUAUGAAAUACAAACAGCUGCUAAAUGUGAAAACACCAAACCAAGAAAUUUUGUUUCCUGAGCUGAAAUUUAAAAAACGUGGUGAUGCCUGUAUUUCCAAUUGAGCGUAUCUUAUGCUACAGCUACUGCGGUAGUGUUAUGUAUCAUGUAUUGUAUUAUAGUAUCAUCAAUAUGUUGCAAAGAUGGGGUCUUUGAAGACUUUAAAGAGAUAUCUGACACAGCAUUUCACCAAGCAGUUUCCAUCAUGUUUAAUUGAGCUAUACAUUUUUAUUUCCACCUUGUUUUUCUCUGGCUUCUCACAACAUUAUUAUCUCUACAACAGCAUCGCUUGCUGACUUUAGAGAACUUUAGCUGUGUUUUUUUAAACAAUUAGUUCUGUAAAAAAAAAAGAGAGCCAGCUUUUUGGGGCUUGUGGAAAAGGUUUGGAAAGUGGUUUUAUCUGCUUGAUUUCUCACUGUAGGCUCAUACAUUCUGUUGGACUAUUUAAGUACUAAACAGGCAGAUCCCUUUUUGUAUUCUAAGAUUUGUAUAAUAUUAUAUCAGGAAACACAGACAAGUUGGCAUCCCAUUCUUGCAGUAACAUACAGGAUAGGGAUCAAUUCCAUUGUUGAUGUUGUGCCAAUCAAAUUAAUUAAAUGUUUCAAUAUUUUAUUUAAUCCAUCAGAAUCUACGGUAGCAGAUAUAACAUUCCACCCACAGUGUAUAAUGUGGACAUUUCUGGGUGACAUCGUAAGAGAAGUUGAUGAAUGCAUGAGGUUUAAUCUGAAACAAACACGGGUGGUAAACAAGCUUUGUUUUAACAAAUGAAUGAUUGAGAAUGUGGAUGAUAGGAACAGAGAUAAGUGCAAUAUGAGAAGAUGAGUGGAGAGAUGAAACAAUGAUGGAUAAAGCAAGUGAAUGGACAGGAUGUGAGGGAAGCAACAGCGUUCACAUGUCCCUCACUUCAAAUUGAUUUAGUGGGUCUUGCCUUUUAUCUGAAGUGCCUGGUUAAACUCUAAAACUACCACACAUUAGCCACAUCUGACAAGACAGUCCCCCUGUUCAAGCAAUUUCAGAUAAUUCAAAAUGACUCUGACUAAUGGUGCUCAUCUGAUCCGGACAGACAUACUGGAUUCCCUGUAUCUGCCUUUUAUAUAUUUCUUUAACAUUCAGUGUCUUUUAAGACCCGCCACACACUUUUGUAUGUACAUUUCCAGACCUGCUACUUGAUAAAUAAAAAAAUUAA